GGGCUCGGGGCCUCGGGCCUGAACGUCGGGUGGCCGCGGUCGUCCACUUCGCUCCCCCUCGAAAUGAACUCGCUGGAGCAGGCGGAAGAUCUCAAGGCUUUUGAAAGGAGACUUACCGAAUACAUAGCUUGUUUGCAACCAGCUACAGGGCGCUGGAGAAUAAUUCUUAUAGUGGUGUCUGUAUGUACAGCUACUGGUGCUUGGAACUGGCUAAUAGAUCCAGAAACACAGAAGGUAUCUUUUUUCACAUCGCUGUGGAAUCACCCAUUCUUCACAAUUAGCUGUAUUACCCUGAUAGGGUUAUUUUUUGCUGGAAUACAUAAAAGAGUCGUGGCACCCUCGAUAAUAGCUGCUCGAUGUCGGACGGUCCUGGCAGAGUACAAUAUGUCUUGUGAUGAUACUGGAAAGCUGAUAUUGAAACCCCGCCUUCACGUCCAGUAGCCAUCCAUCUUCCUUUGACUCU